GGGAGGAGGGUGGCUCCACGCGCGGCCGCACCGCGAAACCGUGCCCACUCGUCUCAACCACGGACAUCCACUCGUUUUCUCGUCUCGUGAAAACAUGGCGGCCAGCGACGAUGAGCCGAUGCAUCUCUACGAGGUCUUUCAAAACUGCUUCAAUAAGAUCGCCAACAAGCAGCCCGAGAAGUCGGGUUUCCAAUCGCCGUAUGGCCCCACGAUGGACAACGGAAUGACGUAUGGCGGAGCAGCAUACGGUCCGACGGCGGGAGGGCCAGGCGGGGGGCCAGGUGGGGGCGGCGGCGGGGGUGGCGGAGGCGUAGAGGGCGCCACCUACCCCCCGGAUUCUCCGUACUUCCCGUUCGGAACCCGGGGUGUACCGCCCUCCGGGACACCCACUCCCGCUGCCAACCCUGCAGCACCCACCGGCACCAACGGAGCACGGUUACCAAACUCCACAGCCGGUGCGGCAGCCGUGAAGAGGAAAAAGGACCAGACUCUGGACGGAGCGGACGGCGAGGUCGUAACAACGCAGCACUGGGUAAGUCACGACAGUUCAACAUAGUCGAAUCCACAGCUAAUUGACAAAGAAAUUUCCCAUCACAGGUAUUCAUCAUAAUUACUGAUUAUUUUAUUAUGAACACAAAGCGGAG